AUGGGCAAGAAGCGUGUUCUCUGCGGUUACGGGGUCGACAUCGACGCCGUGGCGGGCUGGCUUGGAUCCUAUGGAGGAGAAGAUUCAUCGAAUGACAUUAGUAGAGGACUCUGGGCCGGAACGAUUGGAACCCGCCGUCUCCUCCAACUCUUCGAAAAGAACAACAUCAAGGCAACCUGGUUUAUCCCCGGUCACUCACUCGAAACCUUCCCUGAAGAGUGCGCCAUGGUUCGCGAUGCAGGACAUGAGAUUGGUCUUCACGGAUACUCCCACGAGAACCCAACCGACAUGACCCUUGAACAGCAACGGGACGUUCUCGACAAGACAUACAGACUUCUUACCGACUUCUGUGGGAAGCCACCCAAGGGAAGUGUGGCACCCUGGUGGGAGACUAGCAAGGAAGGAGCUGAGCUGCUACUGAGUUAUGGCCUUGAGUAUGACCACAGUAUGAGCCAUCACGAUUGCCAGAUGUACUGGUUAAGGAUUGGGGAUACCUGGACCAAGAUCGAUUACACAAAGAAAGCAGAGGAAUGGAUGAAGCCACUGGUGAAAGGUAAGCCUACUGGGCUUGUGGAGAUCCCAGCUUCCUGGUAUAUCGAUGAUCUGCCUCCGAUGAUGUUCAUCAAGAAUUCCCCGAACAGUCACGGCUGGGUGAACCCCAGGGAUGUGGAGGAUCUCUGGAGGGAUCAUUUUGAUUACUUCUAUGCAAAUUAUGACGAAUUCGUCUUCCCCAUGACAAUCCACCCUGAUGUUUCUGGCCGGCCACACGUCCUUCUGAUGCACCAAAGGAUAAUCGAUUAUAUCAACAAGCAUGAAGGCGUUGAAUGGGUCACGUUUGAGCAAAUGUCGGACAUUUUCAAGAGUCAGAACACUCCAGAAGCUGGUGCGAUCAUGCCUGCACCUGCAGGAGAGAUGCUCAAGAAGCCACCCACUACUAAAUAG